AUGGAAAGCCAGCCCGACAUGCAGGUGGAGGAGUUAACGGCAUUCACAUCAUCCCCACACGAGAGCUACCGCUAUGUUAUUUCGCUGAAGGGUGAGAAGGUCAACAUUUGGCUGGAGAAUCGCUCGAGCAAGAAGCAGUGGCAAACCGGAUUCUUAAGCAAGGAGGACUACGUGACGCCAGCGAAUGCCUUUGUCGAUGCGUCUGCAGCAGAGUAUAUUUCGUGCUUCAAGCAGUGCCUUGAUUGCCCUUUGGAGGAGGGGAAGGAUGCCGGACGUAAACUCACUCUACAGAGAGGUGGAAAAUUUCAACUUGAGUUGUGUGUGAAGAUCCGUCUUCUACGUUCAGCUCGCAACAUUUGCUAUGACUUCGAGCUCCAGCCCAUUGCUGUCGAACGGAUUGACAUACUCGAGUCGAAGCUUAAGGACCAACAAGAGGAACUGCAGAAGCUCCAGGCAGCGAUCCAUGCAAACAAGAACAACGUAUUUCUGUACGCUAAAAGUGGGGGAUUGGUAGGAUCGAAGCUGGGAUGGAAGGAGGUGAACACGGAGUGUUUCGCACUUGACGACGACAAAACUUCGAUUGUGGUUCUUGCUCCUGGGCUUUAUGUGCUGGGGAUUCUUGUGCAUCAUGCCCCUGUGGUGAAUGACAGUUCAGGGUCUAUCGUGCUGGAAGUGAAUGGUACUCAACUCCAACGUGCAGCUACAGGUUCCGUCUCCUGCUACGCUAAGGGUGCCAGAUAUGCUACUCAAAGCCACACCAGCACCUCGCUAAUGUGUAUCACUCCAGUGAAAAAGAACGCAUGCUUCAGUGUGACUUGCUUGGGAACGUCUGUCGUCACGAAUAUGGCGUCAUAUAUGACGUUGGCGCGCAUUGGGGCUUGAGCACAGCUGUAAUCUCAGCGCUUCGUGUCAUCAGCUUCACAAGUUUCAAGGUUCUUCGAGCAGGGAGGCCAAGCUCGAUGACAUUUGAAAGAUGUGCACCACACGGCUCAAGUUGUGCCCGCGUAUCAAAAUCAAUUGAAGUCACUACUUAUGAUUCAAAA